CAUCUAUUGCCCUUCUCAAAUUGUCUAUCUCUCACAAGUCACAACCUCUCUCUCUCUCUCUCUCACUGCUUAGAAUGCCUCUUUUCUUCUCUGUCUCUCUCACAAGAUAGAAGGACAGAGAGGCAUUCGUCGGUGCUCAUUGUAACCAAGUGAGUGUGCAAAGUAGUGAGAGCUUUUACUACUACACAAAAGUGUAGUGUUUGUGUAGUGUGUUUGAGAGAGAACAGAGAUCUGCACUAUUCUUUACCAUUCCUUCUUAGCCUCCAAAAAAUUCUACCAUUUCAACCAACCCCAUCUUUCUAGCUACCCAUUUCAAUCCCAUAUAACAAAAGGGGUAUCAUAUCACAUUCAUAAUUUUUACCACCUUUUUAUCUGCAAAAAUGGCUGAAUCUCAACCUGUUUUGAUUCCUGAGACAAUCCCUGGUGUGAAUUACGACGUGGGUAGUCAGCUGAAGCUGAUUUGGGAUGUGAUCAAAGCGCCAUUGAUCGUUCCCCUGCUGAAUCUCUGCGUGUACGUUUGUUUGGCAAUGGCUCUGAUGCUGUUCAUGGAGAGGGUUUACAUGGGCAUCGUCAUCGUCCUCGUGAAGCUUUUCUGGAAGAAACCUGAACAGCGCUACAAUUACGAGCCUCUACAAGACGAUGAGGAACUUGGUGGUGCCAAUUUCCCUGUGGUCCUCAUUCAAAUUCCAAUGUUCAAUGAAAAAGAGGUUUACAAGGUCUCCAUUGGAGCAGCUUGUGGUCUUUCAUGGCCUACAGAUCGUCUCGUGAUCCAAGUCCUCGAUGAUUCUACUGACCCAGUGGUCAAGCAAUUGGUGGAGAUGGAAUGUCAAAGAUGGGCUAGCAAAGGCAUCAACAUAACGUACCAAAUCAGAGAGACCAGAGGGGGAUACAAAGCGGGUGCACUCAAAGAAGGCCUAAAACGUAGCUAUGUCAAACACUGCGAGUAUGUGGCCAUUUUCGACGCCGAUUUCCGGCCGGAGCCCGAUUUUCUCCGGCGAGCCAUUCCCUUUUUGGUGGGGAACCCUGAACUUGCACUUGUUCAAGCUCGUUGGAGAUUUGUGAAUUCGGAUGAGUGUCUAUUGACAAGAAUGCAAGAGAUGUCACUGGAUUACCAUUUCACUGUGGAGCAAGAAGUUGGGUCAGCUACUCAUGCUUUCUUUGGAUUCAAUGGCACAGCAGGUGUUUGGAGGAUUGCAGCAAUCAAUGAAGCAGGAGGGUGGAAAGACAGAACAACUGUGGAAGAUAUGGACCUUGCUGUUCGUGCCAGUCUUAGGGGAUGGAAAUUUUUGUACCUUGGUGACCUCCAGGCAAAAAGUGAGCUUCCCAGUACUUUGAGAGCCUUCAGAUUCCAGCAGCAUCGAUGGUCUUGUGGUCCUGCUAAUCUGUUUCGCAAAAUGGCCAUGGAGAUUAUAAGGAACAAGAAAGUGAAGUUCUGGAAGAAAGUCUAUGUCAUAUACAGUUUCUUCCUUGUUCGCAAAAUCACAGCUCACAUGGUCACAUUCUUCUUCUACUGCGUCGUGAUUCCCCUCACAAUUUUGGUCCCUGAGGUUCAUGUUCCCAUAUGGGGUGCUGUUUAUAUCCCUUCUGUCAUCACUAUCCUCAAUUCAGUUGGAACACCAAGGUCCAUUCAUCUUCUGUUCUACUGGAUCCUUUUCGAGAAUGUGAUGUCGCUGCACCGUACCAAAGCAACCAUCAUAGGUCUACUAGAAUAUGGAAGGGCCAAUGAAUGGGUUGUCACUGAAAAACUUGGAGAUUCCGUCGCCAAUAAUAAUAAGAAAACAGGAGAUGCUGCUAAGAAGACUAAUGUCAAAGCUACCAAGAAAACCAAAUCCAAAUUUCUGGAGAGACUUAAUUACCUGGAGUUGGCAUUCGCUGGCUUCCUGUUCUUGUGCGGGUGCUAUGACUAUGUCCAUGGGAAGCACAACUACUUCAUCUACCUCUUCCUUCAGACCUUAUCCUUCACAAUUGUUGGAGUUGGCUAUGUUGGAACCAUCGUGUAAAGCUCUGCGACAUCUCGAGUUACUUAAGUCGUGUUAAUAGUUUUCUAGUUUCUCCUCUGCAACUUGCUGCACCAAAAUCUAUUACAGCUAGUUAGAGCAGAUCGUCAUUUUCAUUUCGGAAAGGAGAAGUUCUUUUCGAGAUUCUGUUAUCAUAGAUCAAGAUACUACAAAUCACAGACAGUGUGCAGUUAUUGUUAGGAUUUGAAUUGGCAAUACACAGGCUUAAGGACAACCAAGAAGAUGUAUCAAAAAUCGCUUGAAUUAUAUAACCUUUAGAAAACUUGUUUAGACA